GUCGCGGUGCCCGGAUGUUUGCGGGGCGGAUUAACCCCGGAGAUGCCGGAUGAAGCCGGUGGCGGCGGCGGAUCGCGGCACAAGCGGGUGGUUUGUCGGCGGUUUGGUGGCGGAAGCGGCGGCGCUGCUCACCUCCGGCAGCGGCAACUCGAGCGGCUGAGUGCGGAGGCGCCGCGGCGGAGGCCAGGCCUGAGCUGAGCCUCUGCUCCGGGGAUGUCGGCUUCAUCCGCCGAGAUCAUCGAGGCGCCGCAAGCGCUGGACUUCGAGGAGAUCAACUACAAUGAGAUCGAGGUGGAGGAGGUUGUUGGGAGAGGAGCUUUUGGAGUUGUAUGUAAAGCAAAAUGGCGUGAAAAAGACGUAGCUAUAAAGCAAAUUGAAAGUGAAUCGGAGAGAAAAGCGUUCAUCGUAGAGCUUCGACAGUUGUCACGAGUGACGCAUCCCAAUAUUGUGAAGCUUUAUGGAGCCUGUCUAAAUCCUGUUUGCCUAGUUAUGGAAUAUGCGGAAGGAGGCUCCCUGUAUAAUGUUCUACAUGGAGCUGAACCCCUACCAUAUUACACUGCUGCCCAUGCAAUGAGUUGGUGUUUACAGUGUGCACAGGGAGUAGCAUAUCUACACGGCAUGAAACCCAAGGCUUUAAUCCACAGGGACCUCAAACCACCCAACUUGCUGCUGGUGGCUGGUGGGACAGUUCUGAAGAUCUGUGACUUUGGCACGGCCUGUGACAUUCAAACACACAUGACCAACAACAAGGGGAGUGCUGCUUGGAUGGCUCCUGAAGUAUUUGAAGGUAGUAAUUAUAGUGAAAAGUGUGACGUCUUCAGCUGGGGCAUCAUUCUUUGGGAAGUGAUAACACGCCGAAAACCUUUUGAUGAAAUUGGUGGCCCUGCAUUUCGUAUUAUGUGGGCUGUUCACAAUGGUACUCGGCCACCUUUGAUCAAAAAUCUGCCCAAACCCAUUGAGAGUUUAAUGACUCGCUGUUGGUCUAAGGACCCUGCACAGCGCCCCUCAAUGGAGGAGAUAGUAAGGAUAAUGAUGCAUUUAAUGAAGUAUUUUCCAGGAGCUGAGGAGCCACUCCAGUACCCAUGCCACUACUCCGACGUGAGCCAGAGUAACUCUGCCACAAGCACAGGAUCUUUCUUGGAAAUAACUUCUACAAACACUAGUAACAAGAGUGAUGCUAAUGCCGAAGCUAGUGAACUGCAUGGAAAUGCUACCAAUGACACAAUUAAACGUUUGGAAACAAAGUUGGCCCAGCUUAAGCUCCAGCCUAAGUCGGGUGACACACGACUGAACUUGCCAUUGUCUCGAGGGAGCAGUGUGGAAAGUCUGUCUGGAGGACGUACCCAGUCUGCUGCCUCUACUCUGGAGGGAAAGAGACUGAGUGCAGAUCUCAGCAAUUUGUCAGAGUUGGAGACCAGGAUCAUGAAUGCUUCCACAGCCCGUCCAAAGCCAAAACGAGGCCAUCGUAAAACUGCUUCAUUUGGUACCAUACUGGAUGUUCCUCAGAUCAUCAUAUCAGGCAGUGAUCCUCAGAGGCGCAGGUCAAUCCAAGACCUUACAAUAGUUGGAACAGAAUCAAAUCAGGGCAGCAGAAAUAGCAGCCGGUCAUCCAGUCCCAGUGUGAGGAUGAUCACUGCCACGGGAACCCCUUCCGAGAAAGCUAGCCGCAACUUCACGUGGACACCGGAUGAAUCAACAGAUACAAAUGGCUCAGAUAACUCUAUCCCAAUGGCAUAUCUUACCCUCGAUCAUCAGUUGCAGCCACUAGCUCCGUGUCCAAACUCCAAAGAAUCUAUGUCGGUAUUUGAGCAGCACUGCAAAAUGGCUCAGGAAUACCUGAAAGUGCAAACUGAAAUAGCACUAUUACUACAGAGAAAGCAAGAACUAAUAGCAGAACUGGAUCAGGAUGAAAAAGAUCAGCAGAAUACCUCCCGACUCGUUCAAGAACAUAAGAAGCUUUUGGAGGAGAACAAAAGCUUGUCCACGUACUAUCAAAAAUGUAAGAAACAGCUAGAAUACAUAAGAGCCCAGCAGCAGAAGAGGCAAGGCACAUCAUGAGGCAUUUUUCCUGCAUCCCAGAGACUUGUGCUUAUUCACACAAAAGACUUGAUCUUAUUGGAAGAUGCCCUGUUAUAGAUUAACUUAAUUCAGUGUUUGACCUCUCUUUUGUGUUCUGGAAGCAGAUUUCUAUACAUCGCCAUAGCAGCCUUGUACAUCAGACAAACUUUUUGUUUUUUAGUUGUUGUUUUGUUAAAAUAGGUUAGUAUUUAAUUUCAUUCCAUGGUUAUUUUAGUUCAAUCACCAAUUAGAUUUUGAGAGGUGUAUUACGUAAAAUUGUGGCAAUAAAUUAUUUGUAUGAAACUACAGUUCAGUUGAGAUGUUGAAGGUGGAAGGGAAUGCGUAAACCAAAACAAAAAGAAGUGUUGGUCCCACUGGUUAUUUUUACCUGUUCUAUAAUUAAUUGCUCAUAUUGCCAGAUGCUAAUUUGUGCCUUAGAAGCUGGCAGUAUUUGCUUUGGUCAUCAUGUAUUAACUAUUUUAUAUUUUAUGGAGGGGUGAAGAGAUCAGGACUAAAGUAAAAAUGUCUAGGGCUCUAUGUUAAAAAAAAUCAAUGUGCUCCCCGUUUUUGGUGGGUUCUGCAGUAGCACUUAACAGUAUUAAUCAGAGAUCAUCCUAACUAGAAAAGCAAAUGCAAGGCAUUCAACCUAUUUAUUCCUUACUCUUGGUAGUAGAAUCUGUUCUUCCUGCAAUAAGAGAUACAAUUUGUCUUUUUAAUUGAAAUACAGAUGUUUGCAGUUUUUUUUAUAUAAAUUAUUGCAACUACCUUUUGAUGAUAGUGUCUGUCCUAUGCUGCUUCACUUGGAUGUGAAUGAUGGAUCAUGAACAGCUUUGAAGUUUGAUUCCAUAACCUUUCACCUGUGCAUGAUUUUUUAAACAAAAAAAGAUUUUUAUAACUAUGACCAUAUGCAGGUAUAGAUUAAAUUUUUAAGGAAUGUAUAAUGUAUAGAAAAUUUGCCUCCAGCAAACAAUGUUAACAGGCAACCUGAAUCUGAAAUAAUAAGCUUCAUCCAAGAAACACCUUUUUCCAACCUGUUCUACAGCCCAGUUUCACAGCGCCCAAAUUCUCCCAAUUUUAUAUGCAGGAGAAUUGCAGACUUGGAUGUAACUAAGGAUUUGCUGAAACAUCACCGUGCAUGGUUAUAAAUAAGCUUUUCUAAAUGUAUUUCUCUGAAUGUUGAAUUAGCUGUCAAAAUAACUUCUCCCCAGUUUAUAUAGUGUGGUGGCAUCUUCCUCUGGAAUAAGUCUGGAAGUCUAAUUUCAUCCUGUAUAUAAAUGUAACCUAGCCAGUGGAAUAAUUUCAGGCUCGCCGAGCUGCACUUUAUUUUUUUAACAUAGAGCAUGGAUGUGCUUCUGAGAGAUGCAGCUGGGCAAGGUGGAGUUAACAGUACUGUAAUUGUUUACAUUUCUAUAGCAUCAGCAAUGGCGAAAAAUCCACAAAGGAUUUAUUAAUGUAACGCAAGUGGAAUGUGGUCCCUUUAAUAAAUUCAGUGCCAGGCUGAACACUGUGGUCAGAUGCUCAGCGAAUAUAUAAAUGCACGCACGCACACAUGCACGCGCACACACAAUUGUGGUGGGAGAUAGGUCAUUAGGAUUGUGGACGUUGCAUUAUCAUGCUUGUGAUGUGAAAACAAGUAUUUUUGUUAUAAGAGAUGGUUUCCUUCUUGAAGGAUGUGUAUAAGAUGGAUUAAAAACAAUCAGAAAAAAAACAGAGAUACUUGUUUUACUUCCUUAGGUCAAAUCUUUACUAUAUUUUUUUAAAAAGUACUCCAUUAAAACGAUAGCUGCACUAGAAAUUGGUGGCUGUGCUCGUAGAUGGUUUCAAGAGCAUAUGAAGACUUCAGGAGAACUUCUAUAUCAAAAUGUAACCCAAUUACAGCGUUUUUACUCUUUUCGUUUUGUUCCAAGAAUGCUGUGAAUCAAUAAAUGUUCUGUAUAUUU